GACGUUCACCGACUGCACCUGAAGGCGGCACAACACAACCACUGUCUCCGCACUCCACAGCACACACAGCCGCUACCUGCAAGGCGGAAUGGAAGUAUCCUCCGGCGCUCCCCGCUUCAUCCUCAGCGCAGCGAAGCCGCGGGAGAAGCCAGGCCCGACAUGACAGCGCCGGGACGGGAGAAGAAAGCCCGCCAGCAGCGGCGGUUGACCGUCCGGCCCGAGGCGGUGUGGGCUGCGGGUCGCUACGCAGUGCUGGCCGCUCUGUGCGUCCUGUGCUACGGCAACUCUCUCCACGGGGAGUUGGUACACGACGAUGUGUGGGCUAUCAUUAACAACCCGGACGUCCGACCGGGCUCCAGCCUCAGAAACAUCUUCAGCAACGACUUCUGGGGCAAGAGGAUGGCGGACAACACGAGCCACAAGUCCUACAGACCGCUAUGCAUCCUCACCUUCAAGUUGAACAUCCUGCUGGGCGGCAUGACACCUCUCUAUUUCCACAUCGUCAACGUGUGUUUGCACUGCGCGGUAACCUGCCUGCUCAUGCACACGUGUGAGCGCUGCGUGUUUGAAGACUGGCGCCUGGCCUUUGUCACAGCACUGCUGUUUGCUGUGCACCCCGUCCACACCGAGGCCGUGUCUGGUAUCGUGGGCAGGGCUGAUGUCUUGGCCUGUCUGCUGUUCUUGCUGACGUUCCUCUCCUACAUCAGGAGUGUGGGUGUGUGUGUCUCUGAGGACUCUCUGCCCUCCACGGUGUCGGCAGGGUGUCUGCUCGUCAGUUUGUUGCUGGGCACCUGCGCCAUGCUGGUCAAGGAGACGGGCAUCACCGUGUUUGGAGUGUGCAUGCUCUACGACGCCCUGGUGCUGUGCCACAAGCCUCUCAUCCAUCACCUGUCUGGCUCCAGAUUCAGGGACCUCCAACACAUCUGCAGCCCCUUCAUCAAGCGAGCCUGCCUCGUCUCUGGCUAUGUGGUGAUCAUCAUGUCGGUCAGGCUGUGGCUGAUGGGAGGGUCCAUGCCUCUCUUCUCUGAACAGGACAACCCUGCCUCCUUCUCACCACACCUGCUUACCAGGAUUUUGACCUACUCCUACCUGCUGUCUUUCAAUGCCUGGCUGCUGCUGGCCCCCAUCGUGCUGUGUUACGACUGGCAGGUGGGCAGCAUUCCCCUGGUGGAGUCGCUGGGUGACCUGCGCCACCUGGCCACCGCGCUGCUGGCCGUGGUGAUGCUGCUUCUCUGUCUGCGCUGCGUCUUCUCACUGCAGAGCCCGAGGAGCAGGGAGGUGUUGGUGGGAUUGUUGUUUCUGGUGUUUCCCUUCAUUCCAGCCAGUAACCUCUUCUUCAGGGUGGGGUUUGUCGUGGCCGAGAGGGUUCUCUACAUGCCAAGUAUGGGUUACUGUAUCCUGGUGGCUCAUGGCAUGGGUCGGCUGUAUUCGGUGGUGGGCCGUUGGGGCACAACAGUCCUCAGUGUGUCCAUGCUGCUGCUGCUCCUGCUCUUCUCCUGGAAGACCGUCCAGCAGAACCACGUCUGGCUCUCCAGGGAGGCCCUCUUCCGCUCUGGUAUCCAGACUCUUCCACACAAUGCCAAAGUCCACUACAACUACGCCAACUUCCUGAAAGACAGCGGCCGGCACCAGGAGGCCAUUCACCACUACACCACUGCCCUCAGGUUAUACCCCCGCCAUGCCAGCGCCAUGAACAAUCUUGGCACUCUGACCCGCAACCCAGAGGAGGCUGAGCGCUACUACAGGAAGGCACUGGACACCAACCCUCAGCAUAACCGAGCUCUGUUUAAUCUGGGAAACCUCCUUAAGUCUCAGGGGAAGGACAAAGAGGCUGAGACUCUGCUGAAGGACUCCAUACACUUCGGCCCACAUUUUGCUGAUGCCUACUCCAGUCUGGCAUCCUUCUAUGCUGAGCAGAAACGCUUUGCUGAAGCCAAUGAAGUGUAUCUGAAAGGUAUAGAGAACUGUCCGGACAGCUCCGACCUGCAUAAUAACUAUGGAGUGUUUCUGGUGGAUACGGGAGAGGGGGAGCUGGCAGCCGCUCACUACCAGCAGGCUGUUAGACUCAAACCAGCCCACUAUGUUGCCAUGGUGAACCUGGGCCGCCUGCUCCGAUCAUCCAAUGAGAAUACAAAAGCUGAGUCUUGGUACAAAAGGGCGCUGCAGGUGACGAGGAAGGUGGACAUCCUGACUCCGCUCGGAGCUCUGUACUACAACACGGGCCGGUACGAGGAGGCCCUGCAGGUGUACAAAGAGGCUGCUGCCCUGCAGCCAGACAGCACCGACAUCUGGCUGGCUCUGGCUCAGGUGUUAGCCAUGGCCGGUCGUACCAAAGAGGCAGAGACGAUGACCCUGGACAUCAUAUCCAGAGAAGGCAGCUGUAUCGAAUGUUACCGCCUCCUGUCUGCCAUCUACAGCAAGCAUGGCAACUACACAGAGGCACUCGAUGCUCUGGACAGGGCCCUGCAGCAGAGUCCCAGUGAUCUGACAGUGAGAGCAGAGCUGUACUUCUCCAAAGGAAACCAGCUCAGAGAGAUGAACCAGCUGGACCGAGCCUUCGAGAGCUACAAGCUGGCUGUCGAACUCAAACCUGACCAGUCCCAGGCCUGGAUGAACAUGGGAGGGAUUCAGCACAUUAAGGGAGACUAUGCAGCAGCCAGGAUGUACUACCAGCGAGCCCUGCUUCUGAGCCCCAGCUCCAAACUUCUGAAGGAGAAUCUGGCCAAGCUGGACCGGCUGGAGAGGAGACUGACAGGGGGAGCAUAGACCACCACGGUUCCCCAGACACUGUACCAUCCUGGGCACAGAUCAGGGGAGCAGGGCACAGCCCUAUCUCUCUGUAGUCCAAACACCAGCCACCAGGCUGCUGGAUAAAACCGACUUGACCUGGUUACCAGGAUGACCGGCCUGAUUGAGAGCAGAGGAGGAGGGUGAACACAGGUGGACCAAGUGUGCUGGAGUCAAAGAGACCAGUCAAGCCACAGUCCAGAAGCCUUUCCUGAGGUAAGGAGAGGAGAAUGGCUGGUUGAAGACCACUGGGAGCUCCAUGUGUUACCCUGUCUGCAUUGGCUUUACAUUCACAUGUGCUUCAGACAUUUGUGUUUGAUUGAUUUCUUUUUUUGGUUCAUGUGAAGACAUUAUCUAUAUGGCACUUAAUCAUAGAUUGUAAUUCAGUCCUCUGUGAGAACUUUUCAUGUAUUUCCAUUUGUGCAGUGAAAGUGUGUGGAAACUUAUUAUUAUGAAGGGAAUGAGCAUGGAAACAGUGUGUGUGACAAAAUUAUCUCAGCUCAACGGUACACUUUGUAGCUUUCCGAACUUUCAACCGCAUCUCAAAGACUUCUGCAGUGAGUGGAGUUUGCUCAGAUGUAGUCAGGUGACACCCGGUCACACACACAGAAACCGUGUCAUCGACCAAGAGUCAGUAGACGGCUCCAUUCAUUCGAAGAGAUAUGGUUGAAAGCUCUGAAAAGCUAGUAAGUGGACCAUUGAAUUGAAAUGAUUGUUACAAAACAAGGGAAUAGCUUGACACAAGAUUAACUCCACUCUCUUUUGAAGUAUAUCAGCGUAUAGAGUCUUACAAAUGCAAACAUCUGUAAAGAUUAUAUGAGAAAUGUAAUGAGAUUCAUAACAUGUGCUUUCUCUUCAGAUAUAAAACUAUAUUAUGUUCAUCUGACCACCAUUUCUAGAACUGGCUACAGUGUGAAGGCCUUUUCACACGGGGAGCAAUUGUCACGCCUCGUAAUUCAUUUGAAAUGAGAUGCGUGCGGGCAGGAAUCCCUUGAAAAUGUUGCGUUCGUGCUCGUCCGCUGCAAGUUGAACUUUGUUGAACUUUUCCCCUAGUGAGUUCACUAAAAUAUAAAACUAAACUAAAAAUUAUCAGGACAUAGACAGCGGGCGUUUUGCUUGUCAGAGCUUCGGCACAAGAUUGGAUUUAUCAGGUAACAUUCAUUAUUAUGACUAUAUGCUAAUUUAGCUAACUUUAGCUACCUACAAUAACAAUCCGUGGUUAGAAAAGACUAGGAUUGCCACUAUUUGUUAUAAUACAACCUGUGAUUAGGGAUAUAUGAUAACACAGUCAGCUAAUCUCAUUCAGUUGUACUACAGGGAUACACUAGUGCACAGAAUCCCCAUGGUCACACAUUGAUCACCGCGGGCGUUUACUCGCAGAGCGUUGUUCGCCUGUAUGUUCACCUGAAGAUGUGUGUCCAUUGUCGGCGUCAUUUCCCCACUUCCCAUUCAUGUCUAUGGGAGAAGCCGUGCAAUACAUUCUGGUAGCGUCGCGGAGACUUUGGAUAAGCAGGGCGUCGAGUCGCCCGCUCCUCAUUUUCAAAGUUGAAUCCAGCCAACUUUAUGCAAAUGUUGAGCGGCCGGCUCGGCUCUACUCCUCUCAAAAGCUGACCAAAAUCUUUUAAACUGACCGUUCAAAAUCGAUCUGAAAUGAGGACAGAUUCAGCAACUGCACGGCUUGUUUCUCGCUUGAAAUGUUUUCAGAAACACGUUUCGAUGAACUAUUUUCAUAAAAUACGAGAUUGUAUUCCAAAUGAGUCAACAUUAUGGUCGGUUUGGAAAUUCGGGAGCAGCCAGCCCCACGUGACGUCCGAUCAGCUGCGGCCAUCGCGAUUGUAGGAGGGUGUGGACUGUUUUCUUUGCUCGUCAUUGGUCAGUGAAGAGAAACUGGUGGCGAGCUCACUAGCGUGCGUUGCCGGGAAGCGGGGCGAUCCCAUCCUUGAAAACAACGCGUAUAUAGACAUGUACUAUGAGGAGCGCAGUGAGACCCCGAGGAUCCACGUGACUACGCAGGCAAAGAGCCGCUCCCCCUGUGAAAAGCCCUUAAGACCUGAUGUUGCGAGCCUUCUGCAAGUAUAAUAAGCUAGUGUGUCUACUCCUGUGUGAGGAGUUGAGCUUGUGGCUUCAUGAAUACCAUAACCUCUGAAGAUGGCUGUUUGGUUGCUUGUUGUGGUUUUGUUGACAGUGAUGUUUAUUGUGAAUGAAUUUUGUUGUGGAAUGACAAUGGAAUGAAAAUGACGUGACUAGUGCAAUGGCUUACUUGCACCAAGAAGAAUAAAAGUAUAUGUUUUAUUAAA